AUGAAGGUAAAAGUGAUUAGUAGAAACCCGGACGAAUAUUUACGAGAAACAAAGCUCGAGAUACAUAAAGUUCAAAGAAAUUAUGAUCCUGCAUUACAUCCCUUCGAAGCUGCUAGAGAAUACACAAGAGCUCUAAAUGCUGUAAAAUUAGAUAAAAUGUUCGCAAAGCCCUUUUUAGGAAAUUUGGAUGGGCAUAGAGAUGGUGUUUCCAGCAUUGCAAAGCACCCUGCUAAACUGUCUGUUUUGAUAAGUGGGGCAUUUGAUGGGGAAGUUAGGUUACGACCUAGAGAAAAGGCUGCCCUGCGGUAUAGCGACGCCCUAAAAGAAAAAUUCGCUAGUCAUCCUGAGGUGAAGAGAAUUGCUAGACACAGACAGGUUCCAAAACACAUCUACAACGCACAGAGAGAAAUUCAUACCAUUAAACAGAAACAGAAGAAGAGAGAGGCCAACAGACGGGCUCACUCCAAACCUGGUGAAGUACCGUUUAUACCCGAGAGACAGAAACAUGUCCUUAAGGAAACCCAAUGA